AUGCAAACGCCGAGUCAUUCUGGUGUCGCUGAGCUCGAAGGCAGCCUGGAUCUGAUUGCUCAUCGUGGACCAGACGCCCGGGGCCGUUGGUUCAGUGACGACCAUGGUGUUGGUCUCGGGCAUGUUCGACUGUCCAUUAUCGACCUCAGCCCUAGUGGAAACCAGCCUUUCCAUGAUCAAGAGGGCAGGGUCCAUGCCGUCGUCAAUGGUGAAUUGUACGACUAUGAACGUUACAAGACUCAAUUGUCUGAUGAGUUCAAGUUUGUCGGAAACAGUGACUCCGAGAUUGUCAUUGCCCUUUACAAGCAUUACGGUUUCUCCUUUAUCUCUCACCUUAGAGGCGAAUUCGCAUUUGUACUAUGGGAUGAGAAUCGCCAGCAGCUCAUAGCGGCCCGAGAUCGAUACGGCAUCAAGAGUCUCUAUUAUACAGUGCACCAGAACAAAUUGUUGGUAGCAACAGAGAUCAAAUCAUUCUUGGCAUUUGGUCUGCAACCGGAGUGGUGUGUCCGAACACUUCGAGACCAAAGUUGGAGGGUUGACUCAAGCACAUUCUUCCAAGGAGUGCACAAGCCGUACUGGGAUGUUGAGUACCCCGACAAAUGGAUUGAAGAUCACCGAUCCGAAGACGAGAUGACCGAAGGCGUCAGAGAACGUCUUCUAGAGGCCGUAAAACUCCGCCUCAAGGCGGAUGUUCCUGUAGCUGUCUACCUCUCUGGUGGAAUAGACUCAUCAUCCGUUGCCGGCAUGGUAGCCCAUCUCAUCAAGCAGGGCACAAACCUGGGCAAUGAAAGAAGUUCAGCCCCCUCCAGUAUGAAGUGCUAUACUGUCCAGUUCGACGAGGGCAGUGGGGCAGACGAGUCGGCAAUUGCUCGUCGCACUGCGGACUGGCUCGGUGUUGAUAUCCAUCUAGUCAAAAUGGAUGAAGAAGCACUGGUUGCACGAUUUGAAGACACCACAUGGUACAGUGAAGUCCCUCUACCAGAUUUAAACGGAAUGGGGCGACUGGCAUUGGCAGAAGCUGUGCACUCUCAGGGUAUCAAGGUCGUUAUUACAGGCGAGGGCUCCGAUGAACAUUUUGGAGGUUAUGAUGCCUUCAGAUCUGACUCACUGAGCGAGGCCGAUCAUUCGUGGCCUUCCAUGAUGACGAACAUUGAACGUGAAGAAGCGUAUGCUUUGGCGAGCAAACAGGCUAGGUAUGGUAUCUUUGGUGAUUUUACGCCAAAGCUACCAAUCUCGACGAAGCGUAUGUUCAUAUCCAGUCACGUCAUCAGUUCCAUCGCCAGGGUCGGAAGUUUACCGUUCUCGAAUUGGACCAAGGCCUAUGGCGAUGGCGUACCUGAGACGUGUCUUAUUGAAGGCUUGGAUGGUAAAGUUCGAGACAACAUACUCAACCGCUGGCAUCCUGCUCAUACAGCACAAUACAUGUUUGUGAAAACAUUCAUGCCCCAUUUCAUCUUACGAUACAAUGGCGAUAACAUAGACAUGGUCCACCAGAUCGAAAGCCGCUGUCCUUUCCUCGAUCACCAUCUGACCGAGUACGUCAAUAACAUUCCACCUAGUCUGAAAAUGAGGUACAACGCAAAGGACAAGAGCUGGCGCGAGAAGCAUGUUCUGCGAGAAGCCGUCAAGCCUUAUGUCACCGAUGAGGUUUACAAUAUGAGUAAGAAAGCUUAUAUGGGUCCUCGGAAGUUUUGGUCCGGCGGACCGCUGCAUAAGAAGAUUAGCCAACUGGUUACUAAAGAAAACGUCGAGAAGUUGGGUUUUGUAGACUGGGAGGCUGCACAGGAUGCCAUGGAUGGGGCCUUUAACAGGCAAGAAGCCCUGCCUCUACGUCGAAUUAUUACUGUAGCCCAGUUCAUCGUUUUGGGACAACGCUUCAGCGUCAAACGAGCCGGAGCUAGGUGA